AAAUUAAGAUUGCAUAUCUCUGUGCAGUAAGGGAAAUACCUGAAGCAGUUAUGGUGAUGAGCUGACCACCCUCUUUAUAUUUCUUAGCCCCAUGGAUCUCUGUCCUAGGGCAGACUUUAUGGCUACUAGUGCCUGUCAGUCCAACACAAACUGUUCAAUGUAGGAAAAGCUGUAUACUUUUCAGGAUGUGUUAAAGCUAGGUAAACAAUUUAACUGAAUUUCACUGAGCACCUCACUGAUAGGUGCUGAGAAACUUGGUGCAAAAGAUUAGAUACAUCUUACUACUGUACUAUGAGUUUAUCCAUUGGAAUUAGCAGAGCUGAAAUACGUGCUUAGGCUUAAGAAUAACUCCAUCUCAUGUCCAUAGAACAACACGGAGCACAGAGAACUAAGCAUGUGCUUAAGCAUUUACAGGUCAGUCUAGCGUUAACAACUGUAUUCAACUUUGUUUUUAAUGUAAUCAGUGGCUCCCAAAUUGUUUCUGAGUUAGUACAUCUCUUCUAUACUUGUGAAUGCAAACAUAUAGAAUAAAAUUAUCCAGGUUCAUGUCCCCUAGUUUGGGAACCAUUGAAUUAAUGCAGAACAAGAAUUGAAGUGGCUGUAGUCUAAAUAUAACAUGGAAUAGACUCCUUGUCCAGAUUAUGCUUUGGCCAUUUAUUUAGUCUAGGAUAGCACUUCAUAUUGGUAGAAGAAACAAUACCAUUUUUUGUACUGGAGAAUGUAAUACUAAAUAAUAUUUAUAUCAUCAGUUCAUUUAGUCAAUGUUAAAAUGUGGGGAAACUAAGCAAUCAAACCACUGUUCUUAUUUUUAAAAAUGUGUAUACUGUGUCAUUUCUUGGGUAUUAUGCUCAGGAUUAACGCCUCUUUGGCAGUCCUAUAGAGUUGGGACUAAUUGGGGUGUUUCGGUGGAUUUUUGUGUGUUAAUCAUUGUAUUAAUACAGUUGUUUUGACAUGGGGAAACUGCUUAAAUCAAGCCACAGUUUUACUUUGCCUUCAGCUUAAACUCUUUUGCCAAUGAUCAUGUUUCACCAAGUUCAAAGUAUGAGGGGGAGGGGCAGAAUAUGGGUAUGGUGGGACACACAGGGAUAAAGAAUGAAUCUUUGAAGUCAUGCUGAAAAAUCUGAAACAGAUUUUGAGUUUAAUCUCCAAAGUGGCAAACUCCCUAUCCCUGGUUUAUUAAUGUAAUGUGUAAAAUUGCUUUGUUGCUUUUAACUGCCUUUACUUUCUGAGCUAGGGGCUGUCUUCAUUAACAGCAAAAGUGUUACUUUGUUGUAGAUGACAGAUAAGCCUCAUCACGGGAGAGUUACCUAGUGCGCCUUCAAGUUCAAAAUGUAGAGAAACCUCUCUACCGUGGGACCUUCCACUGCUUUCAGUCUAUCAUAAAGCAAGAAACUGCUUUUGGACUCUAUAAAGGUAUUGGGUCACCAAUGAUGGGACUUACUUUCAUUAAUGCGCUUGUGUUUGGCGUACAGGGAAACACACUUCGUGCUCUUGGAAAAGACACUCCAUUAAACCAGUUUCUUGCAGGAUCAGCAGCAGGAGCCAUUCAGUGUGUCAUCUGCUGCCCUAUGGAGUUAGCAAAAACAAGAAUGCAACUUCAGGGCACAGGUGAAUACAAAUUAAAGUCAAAGAAUUACAAGAAUUCUCUGGAUUGCUUAAUUAAGAUCUACCGAAAGGAAGGGUUGAAAGGCAUCAACAGAGGCAUGGUUUCCACGUUCAUAAGAGAGACACCAAGUUUUGGCUUUUAUUUCCUGACAUAUGAUUGUCUGACCAGAUACCUAGGCUGUGAAGCUGAGGACAGUUACAUCAUUCCCAAACUGUUGUUAGCUGGAGGCAUGUCAGGCAUUGUAUCCUGGCUUUCAACCUAUCCUGUGGAUGUGAUCAAGUCCCGGCUUCAGGCAGAUGGAGUUGGGGGAGUUGCACAGUACAAAGGCAUUCUGGACUGUAUUAGGAAGAGUUACCAUGAUGAAGGUUGGAGGGUGUUUACAAGGGGCCUUACUUCUACACUUCUCCGAGCUUUCCCUGUCAAUGCAGCUACUUUUGCCACUGUCACUGUGUUCCUUAUGUACAUGAGGUCAGAAGAGACUCUCCGUGAAUGUGAGCCGGGUCCAGCAAUCCAGCAGCCUUCAAGCUUGUGAAUUCAGCAAUUUAGUGACUGUUACGUGUUUGUUUCCUGAACCUGAAAUUUGACUUGGCUUAUUUUUAUAAACACUUGAUCUAUAGAAACUGUUUAAAAUAAAUGUUGUGUAUAAAGAAUUCCUAAAAUGUAUGGAUUAGGAUUUCACCUUAUCACUGGUUGAGCAGCCUACUGCCUUAUUCAUGAUCUACAGUGGCUUAUAAAAUCCAAGCUGUGUAGGGACCUGCUCUAGAAAUGUACUGUACAGACACUACUACUAUAUUGCUACUAAAAGCCUGAAAUAUCUCACAGUACCAGAAAUUGUUUUUUUUUUCCAACCAUGUUUCAAAUGACUGGAUGGAUAACAAUUUAUGCUGAAAAUAUUUUUUAAGGUUUUGUACAUGAUUGGAAGAUGUAUAGUGGGGGGGGGGAGGGUGUAGAAACCGCAUGGUGAAGGAGUUGAAUAGGUUACCCAUAAUUAUAUGAAUUAAGUUAACCUUCAGCUAACCACAUCUCUUUCCUUUGCUUGUAUAAUAUAAGAGUUUGGUAAUAUCUUGGUUUAUACUGGCUUUAUCUGUCUUUUAGCUACUGUCUUAGUUGUGUUUAGAAAAGCAUUUUUCAUCUUUCUUUUUAAUUGCUUUGCUUUAAAGGGGUAGCAUCCAAACUUUGUUUCUUUUAAACUGCAGAUUUGAGGAGACGGCGCAAUUGAGAUUGAAGUGAUUUGCCUGUAUUCCUCGCUUGUAUGUGCACGGAAUGUAUUAAUUAGCUUUGGCAUAAGCCAUUCUUUUGAGGUUUACAUGACGCAGCCCACCAUUCUCGGAACACACAAUGACAGUGGUGUGUUAAAGCCAAAGUCCCUUCAUGUCCCUGCUCAAACUAUUAAUAUAAAAGGAUGCUGGACUGUCACUUGUAUAGUUGGGAGUGUUGUGUACAUAUUUUGGUGACAAUAUCUAGGUGUGUGUGUAAAGUGAUGGUUUUGUGCCUCUGCACAAUAGUGAUAAGGGUGUUGAAAUGACACAAAGCUAUUGGUAUUCAAUACACUUGUAUUCUGAACUACUUACCCUACAGAAUGCAGAUUUACUUUGUGUAUUUAGUUACAGUGCUACAGGAAAGGCAACAACCGAAAGGUCUCUGGAAACUUUUUAUAAUAUUAGCUGUAACGUUUAAGAGUGGUAACUUCAAUCUAGUUGCUUUUUAAGACUAGUUAAAAGUUGGGUUAGGAGCCACAAGUUGUGGCACCAGUUGGGAAAGGAGGGCAAUGUUAAAAGCAUCAAGCUUUUUCACCAAGAUGGUAAGCAUGGAACAUGUUACACUUUUACUUGGGACAAGUGCAAUAUGUUUAAUUUAUAUGGGCUCUUCUUUUUUUGUUUUGUUUUUUUAAAGAAAAACAAUAUAUUGCAUUUUGCACUGUAACAAAAUAUGGUGGAGAAACCUGUAAAACUGCUAUUUCUCUUUAUACCUUGGAGGUAUGUUGGAUGUUGUGCCUACUUGCACUGAAAUUCAAAUUGAAUGUGAAACGUCUACUAAGCUGCACAUACACAACAAUUCAGAGCAAAGACAAUAACACUUUUGUACAGUAUUCUGUAAUUAUUGUAUAUCAAUUUAGAGGGAAUAAGGUUUUCUGGGGGUUGUUUUGUUUUUUUUUUAAUUUUGAUCUCAUCUGUAUGUUUUUAAGUUCAACAAUGACCCCCUAUGUAUUUAUUAAACUCUGAUAUACCCGGUUUUCA